GCCCAAACAAUCCCAUGUCUUUACGGACCAACCACCGUCAAUUUCCGACAAGUCUCUCUUUUUUUGGGGGGAGCAGAGAAAGAAGAAAGAAAAGCAAAUUCACCAAUUCACUUGAGUGAAAAGGAGAGCUAGAUUCCUAAGAGUCAUAAGAGGACUAAGAAUAAGAAAGGACCAACUCGUACUAAGGCUAUCGGUACUACUCUUCCUAAAUUCCUAACGUAGAUAAGGUGUCUCCUAUGUUUACCGUGUCUAACAGUAAGACCAGCUCUCCCCUUAGUCUAAAUAGCUAGAUAAUCUCCCGGAAAGCUAGUUCUUUAGCAAAAUCAGUCUUCUUUCAAGUAAGCUAUGGAUAAGAGGGAUAGAUCAAAGGUAAAGAACCUAAGCUCUUUUAUUUUGAAUUUUAAGACAGUUCAAUUCUUUUUCCCAUUGAUCCUCUUGCAGAAGAAAAGCAAAACCCAUGAAGCUCUAGUAGUAAGCAUAUCGAGUGAGCGAGCAAACCCAAUUGGAGUUCUAAGCCCUUUAUUUCAAUGUCAUGCCAGCCGAGCCAGUAGACGUCUUAAGUUAAGCUCUUCCUGUUGCAGUGCUAUGUUGUGCCUUUUCCUCAAUGCCCUCGAAGACAUCAGAUCGGAUAAGGUGGGUGACCUGCUAUCCUUGAAGGAAAAAACCACCUCAGGGCUUAGCAUUUCUGAUAUAUUCUAUUCCCCCCGUAGCAAGUGGAAAGAAAGUCUUUGCCUAGCUAGUAACAGGAGAAGCAAAAGAGCUAUCGUCGAAAGCUUUUCGUUUACACCGGUUCUUCUAGCCGAAAGUAACCUUUCAAAAAGUCUUUCAAAACUUUACAUCCAUCAGAGCGGCAGGCAUGGAAAAGAGCCUUGGGGUGAGACAGAUGGAGGUUGCCCUGUGUUGAGCUUACCUACUUUGAUUAACAUCGAGUUCUAUGUUUUGCUGCGGUCUAAUGAGGAAGAGUAUCGGUCUGGACUCUGUACGUUUAUUCAAGCACUGGGAAUCAAUCGCUCUGGGUCUACUCUUCUGGUAGUACGCGCUUGCCCUGUCCGCACGUCUGAUCGAGAAUCCCCCGGUCUUGCAAUUAGCCCUAGGCUUUCAAGUAGCAGUACCAUUCUAUGGUCUCUUGGCUGGUCUUCCUUUCUGAAGGGGAACCCUCUACGUUUUACCUUACGUGGAUUUGAUCCAAGUGAGCUCGCCGAGGAGCUGGAAGCAGCGAAAGCUGAAAGAUCUGGCUCUAAGGCCAAGGGAUCCCCCACCAAUUCGAAGAAAACUGAGGCUGCCGAGGUCUCUACUAGUGCUGAAGCAAGAGAAAAUGAAGGAUCAUCUGGUAGUGCCGACUUCUGCCCUAUCAAAAAAGAGGGUAGGUGUCUUUUUUCCAUCGACUGGAUGAUGGAAAUGAUGAAUCUGCCUCUCUGGAUAGAUCCGAAGAACUGACAGAAGUCAGAGAUCCUGGCUCAGAUCAGAAAGAAGCACCGCCUUCUUUGGUACCAUGAUUGUCCCGCUUAAAGCAUUCUAGAUGCAAAAAAAAA